UGUGUGUCACGUUCCUGGGAAGGUUCUACCAGAGUCUAAAGGACAAUGAUGUUGAGUUUACACCUGCCAGUAUUGAAAAGGAGCUCUUGAAAUCCUGCAAAGAAACAAAAGGCAAAGAGAACCGCCUGUGCUAUUAUGUUGGGGCCACAAGUGAUGCAGCCACCAAAAUCAUUAACGAGGUAUCAAAGCCCAUGAGUCAUCACAUCCCCGUGGAAAAGAUCUGUGAGAAAUUAAAGAAGAAAGACAGUCAGAUCUGUGAGCUUAAAUACGACAAGCAGAUCGACCUGAGCACCGCCGACCUGCGCAAGCUGCGCGUCAAGGAGCUGCGGCGAAUCCUGGAGGACUGGGGCGAGGCGUGCAAGGGCUGCGCCGAGAAGUCCGACUUCAUCCGCAGGAUCCACGAACUGAU